GCACACACACACACGCACACACACACACACACACACUGCGAACAGCGAGGGGGAAGAGGAGCCACCGCCGAGCCGUAACGGCCCGAUCCACUGCACUGCCAGCCCUGCUCCACUUCCUGCUGCCUGCAGUCUCUCCUUUUCUCUGUGAUGAUGCACACAUUCACAGGGAUUCACUGAGACUGUCUCUUCUGUUUGCGAAGGGGUUAAAGAGAAACCGUUUUUUUCUCUCUCGUGGCGACGGAUAAGUGGCGCACGGAUUUUUUUUCGCUCUCAUUUUUUUGCUCGCCUCCACAUCUUUACAGUAAGAAGAAUUCCGGCACCUUUUUAAAAAUCGUGUUUGCGAGAAGAGAAGACGAGCUAGGCGGAAAAUGGGCUGUUUGGGCAACAGCAAGACCGAAGACCAGCGCAUCGACGAGAAGGCUCAGCGAGAGGCGAACAAAAAGAUAGAAAAGCAGCUCCAGAAGGAGAGGCAGGCGUACAAAGCCACGCACCGGCUGCUGUUAUUAGGCGCUGGAGAAUCCGGAAAGAGCACCAUUGUCAAGCAGAUGAGGAUCUUGCACGUCAAUGGAUUUAACGCAGAAGAAAAAAAGCAGAAAAUCUUGGAUAUCCGAAAAAAUGUGAAGGAUGCCAUUGUGACGAUAGUAUCGGCUAUGAGCACCUUAAUACCCCCAGUGCCACUCGGCAACCCGGCCAACCAGUUCCGAGUCGACUACAUAAAGAGUAUAGCCCCACUGUCAGACUUCGACUACACAGAGGAGUUUUUCGAGCAUGCCAAACAGCUUUGGGAUGAUGAGGGCGUGAAGGCCUGCUUUGAACGCUCCAACGAGUACCAGCUGAUCGACUGUGCACAAUACUUCUUGGACAGAAUUGACUCAGUACGACAGAAUGACUACACACCAACAGACCAGGAUUUGCUUAGGUGCCGAGUUUUGACUUCAGGGAUUUUUGAGACACGAUUUCAAGUAGACAAAGUCAACUUCCACAUGUUUGAUGUGGGAGGCCAGAGAGAUGAGAGAAGAAAGUGGAUCCAGUGCUUUAAUGAUGUGACGGCCAUCAUCUUUGUGGCAGCCAGCAGCAGCUACAACAUGGUGAUCAGAGAAGAUAACAGCACUAACCGCCUGCGCGAGUCCCUAGACUUGUUCCGCAGCAUCUGGAAUAACAGGUUUUUACGGACCAUCUCGGUGAUCCUCUUCCUGAACAAACAGGACAUGCUGGCGGAGAAGAUUCUGGCUGGCAAAUCCAAACUUGAAGAUUACUUCCCUGAGUAUGCUCGCUACACAGUCCCUGCUGAAGCCACCCCUGACCCUGGGGAAGACCCAAGAGUCACCAGGGCCAAGUUCUUCAUCCGGGAUGAAUUUCUGAGGAUCAGCACAGCAAGUGGUUCGGACAAACACUACUGCUACCCGCACUUCACCUGUGCUGUGGACACGGAGAACAUCCGUCGCGUCUUCAACGACUGUCGUGACAUCAUCCAGAGGAUGCACCUCCGCCAGUACGAGCUCUUGUGAUUCGCCGCUGUGGCCAGUCGCUCCUCCAAUCGGAUCGUUUCUUUUCCACUCCCAGAUCGCAGCGGGACUAUGUGAACUACUGACAAGUGACAAUGUUGUCAUGUGAUUUAUAAAUUUUUUCCUUCUUUGAUGCUUUUUUCCCUCCAUUUCAUCUCUUUAUUUAUAGCCUGUAUUUCUGAGACGAGCGUGAGGUGUAUGUGUGUGCGCGCGCGUGUGUUUUUGUGCACCUGAAGAUGCUGUUUGAGUUGCAUUUUUGAUCACUCAAAGGUCAUUCCUGUUUUCAUCCUUUUUUGUUCUGUUUCUCAGUCUUGAGGACUUGCGAUUUUUACUUUCUGCUAGCUGUGGUUGGACGUGGACCAGCUAACCUAACGGAAACCUGUGGUAACUUCAGGCACGUUAGUCUGAAGGUAGUCUGACGUUUGACCUCUUCUCCGCAAAUCUUGUGGUCUUUUUUAGUAGAAUACUUGACGUAGGGGGUGGAUAAAUGCACUUUGCAUCAGGUUCCUUAAAUGAAGGCCAGGAAGCAUAAUUCACUAUGUAGCACCGCCAUAUUUAUUAUUCUUCACUUUUCCUCUUUAGUAUUUUUUUAUGUGUUUUGCCUUUCUUUGCUCUGUUUCUGUCAAGAGUGCAGGGUUGCAGGGAUAGCCAGGGGGGUUGGAAUUGUCCGUUGAGCACAGACUAGGCGUAGGAGUGGUGGAUUGUUGGACUGGUAGUCCUCUGCACCUCUUGGCCAAUAGGCAGUAGCUGCUUUCUGCCUAGGGAGAACCACCACACUUGAUUGGCCAAUCGAUACCUCUCAUAGAACAAGGGGAGGUGUCUCGAUAUGGUGGGCGCUAGUCCUAUAUAAAUAUAUAUAAAUAAAUAUAUAAUAUAUUUUUUGGGGGGGUUGUUUUAUUAUCCUAAGGAACGUGCAAGGUUGCUUUAUCUUGUACAGGCCUGCAAAAUGUAAUGUUAUUUUGUACAACUUCAUUGAAAAAGAGAAAAAAACAAAAAAACAAAAAAAAACUUUGACUUGUAGAAGCUCCUCGUGCCUUUGAUUACGGCUGUACCUGUAAAUGGGGAUUUAGAUGUAAGUACAUUUUUGACGGCGUUGUACAGCUUGAUGUCAAAUCUUAACCGCAGCACAGCCUGCUGAUGGGGAAUCUGUCUCUCUCUCUCUCUGUAGAAACGCAUUUUCUUCUCUGGUUUAUAAAGAUUGACAAAACAAUAUGGUCUUUAGUAUAAAAAGAAAAUUAGGCAAAAAAAUCUUGUAUACAAUAUGCAAAAUUAACCACUUGCUGAUGUUGAGAAGUUGCAGAUAUAGAAUACAUGCCUUUUUUUCUUUCUUUUUUCCUUCUUCGAGUUUCAUUUCCCCUGUCUAGGACUCAUUGACAGCUUUAAAAAUCUAUUGGAAAAUCCUUGGAAGUAUCCAAACUUGCAGCCUGCUGAUGUUUUGAGUAGGAAGCAUCUUUUUAGACAUGAACUGUGUGUGUGCGUGUGUGUGUGAGGCGUGUACACAGGGUUACAGCGGGGAAAUGUGCGUAUGUGCGCGUGUGCCUGCAUGCAUGUGUGCAUGUGUACACCAACAUACCCACACAUUGUGUUAUGCCCAGAAGUUGUACAUCUGCAUUUUUAUAUUUAUAUGUGUACAUAUACAUUUAUAAAAAGUUACAAAAGAAGCUAUAUUCUAUAAAUAUAUAUGUACAAUUAUACAUAGAAUGUGUGUGCCUACACGUAUACAUAUUUAUGAAUGUCUAGCGAGGUCGUUUAUGCACAGACAUGCAUAUACAUAGGCGUACUUUAGAAGGAAGGAGGAAGGCGAGAGAGAUUAUUGGUUCGUUGACCGUCCCUUCAACUAUCAGGACAGCACGGUGUCCAGAACAUGUAGGCACUGACCGUCUCGCCUCGUAGCCACUGAGAUUCGCACAGCCUUUUCAGCAUAACCGCUCAGUACUGGACAGUCUAAUGUGUUAGGGUAGCACCAGCAGGUCGUGCCCUCAUUAGGUCCUUGUUUUUAAUAUGUAACCACAUAUACGGUACCAGUCAGCAGUUUGGAGAUACAUCCAGGUUUUCUUUGCAGUUUUUUUUCCACCAAUUUCCACGUUUUACUAUAACAAAGAAGAACUAUAUAAUACUUGGAAUUACUCCAGUCAGAAAUACUGACUUUCUACAAGGGCGGAGAGAUUAAUUAUUGCAAUUUGAAAGAGUGCAAUUUCCAAAUGGCAAGAGCUGCAAUUUUAAUUAUAUCCUACAUUAAUCACAGUUUUCUUUACAAGUUUUAAGUGGAGAAACAUGACCUUAAAGCUUGUGAACUGGCAUUCAGGCACACUACAUUGUGCUCAAGCCUUAAGCCUGAAAAAGUAGAUGCACUGCAUUUCUUGGUGAAAAAAGGCCUGGAGCUUUAUCUAAAGAAAUGAAUAGUAAUUUUAAAUAAUAAUUUUAAAUGCCAGUCACAGUAUUAGUCAGAAAAAUCAUGAUUAGAUAUUUUCCACAAAUCAUUUAGCCCUAUUUUCCUCUAAAUUGGGAUAUUUAGACACCACCCUCCCUCGUUUUAAUGCAACUGAUUGGCUGAAAGGUAUUAACAAGGGCAGACAUUUCAAAAUUUUAAUAAAAUCCUACAUGAAAACUAUGUUUUUUUUAAUUGAUACAUAUGCAUCAAAUUGUAAAUUUUUGUCAUAGAGAAAAAACAAUUUUUUUAGGUAAAAGCAUUUUUAUCAAAAUUCGUAAAAACAUACAAGUAUGUCCAGACUUUCGACUGGUAGUGUAUAUUACAUUUUCCUGUUUACAUCCAUCAUUUCUGUGAUUUUCUAAACAUUAUUUUAGGCUGUAAGGGGAUUUUGGCCAUCAAACUACUGUAUGGUGUAAUUAUUUAUUAAUCGUUCCAUUUAAAACAGACCUUUUCUGCUUGUCUUCACACUAAUCUGUUCUACAACAUCUUUUUAUUAUUAGUUAUCCAAGGGGAUUUCAAACUAAGGCAGGUUCAACUAGACCUCGAAAUGAAAAUAUACAUUUAUAUUAAAUAAAUAUACAUUUUACUUUUAUUUCAUUUUCAAAGCAUUUGCUUCACUUCAGUUACAUUUUCUUUCUCUUUGUACUAAUUCAUUAUACAUCCUUUUUACUUUAAAUCUACUCACCAUCAAACUACACCCAGGUCACCCAAAUGUUUUUUUAAUUGAUGUCUGUAUUUUUUUCCCUUUUUAGAGCAUUAAAAUGCUGUUGGAGAGACUUUAUUUCCUCAACAUCUUUGCACUAAUCUGUUCUACAUACCUUUCCACCAUCACCUUCCAUGUGAUUUCAGUAAAGCAUGUCAGUUCCAUUUCAUUUUAGAGCACUGGUCUGUACUUCUGAGCCACAUUUCACUUCAGCAUAGACAAAUCGAUGAAUGAGAAAGUCUGAAGGCUGUAUUGAAUGAUUUUUGUACCUGCCUACAGCUUGCAUGCAGAAGUGAAGUCAUACGGUUAGUUAUGUCCAUUGAGGUUUGCUUAAUAAGCUCCAAAACAUGUCUGUCCACCUUUUUUUCGGACUGAUAGGCUGAUCCACUGUCCAGGUGACUGGAAGAGGCUGUGUUGGCUCUGGCUUUACAGUGAGGCUACAGCACUGCUAGAUAGGCUAGAUUCUCUUUCCUCUGAGGCUUCUACAUGUUCAAACGAGUGAUGACUGAGUGAAGAAAAACAAAAAAAAAAAAAAAACUGUCUGGCCUUCAAGGACUUAAACAUUUUUUGGUUGUUGUUUCUUAAUUUUUAUUUUAAUAAAGAGGCACAUUAGAAGACCUUUGUCUUUGUUUAGAAUGAGAAUGUCAGGAGAAAUGUAAUUUUGCAAAUAAAAUACCUCUAAAAGAAA